GAUUAAGGAAGCUUGGAGCGGACUGUGUUGACGCUUGUGCCGCUGCUUUCGCUCUGUGCUGUUGGAUGUGCAGUGCGGCUAAACUAACGAUUUGUUUCGGUUUAUUGUUGAUCAUGUCAAAGGUGGGGUCAGUGGCAGCGCGAUUCAAAUCGAUAGAUUAUGAAAUUAGUGGCCGAGUACAGGGGGUCUGUUUCAGAAUGUACACAGAGGAUCAGGCUAGAAAACUUGGAGUGGUGGGAUGGGUUCGAAAUACUAGGAGGGGAACUGUAGAGGGACAAGUGCAAGGGAAAGAGGAACUUGUGAACUUAAUGAAGAAUUGGUUAAGCAAAGUGGGAAGUCCAAGCUCUCGCAUUGACAGAGCACAUUUUUCAAAUGAGAAGGAGAUCUCCAAAAUGGACUUCAGUAAUUUCACCACCAGAUACUAAUAGCAUGAUCUUACAUUGCUCCCCAGCUAACAGCUAAAACAACCAGUUGAAAUUAUGUAAGCAAUGUUUGUUUUCACCCCAAUGCCUUUACUUGCGUGAUUGCUGCUUAUGGAAAAGGCUUUCUCUUUACUAUCAAAACAAACAGUACUUUUUGCUGAAAAGAAGUGACAUAAGAAAGAUUGCACUAAUGUACAAAAUGAUAUUUCCCUGUAGAGAUGUAAACUUAGGACGAAUUUUCUUUCAGUUUUCUCUGUUAAAUAGUUCUUACUUAAAUUAAAAAUAAAACUCGCAUGGAGGUAUGGUGCUAUGCUGUCUUUCGAAAACAUUUGAGAAUGUUUAUUUUAAAAAUAUGAGCCAAUUGGUUGUGCAAUUGAAGUAUAUAAAUAAGAAAAUAGAAAUAAAAAUAAAUAAAUUUCAACUGUGGUAUUCAAGUAAUUUUUAAAUUAUUGUGCAUUGAACUGAGUUUUAAGCAAUAAAAAUUCCACUAACUCUCUAAAACCAAUAUGUGUUUAGUAUUCUUUCUAAUGGUCAAGUAGCAAAAACAUUUUAUACUUGCAGGACUUUUCAUUUGUUUAUACAUUAUCAAAAGGCAUUACAUUUGCUAUUUUAAUUGAACAUACCUCCGUAUGUGCCAUCCCCUUGGCAGUGGAGUAAUUGACUGAGUGCAGAUCAAGAACAGAUGUGGUGUGUGUGACAGCAAUCUGUCAACUUUCCUUUUCCAGAAUUUCAUUCAAGGCUAGUUUUGUCAUCAUACUUCACUUUCAUGAAUGAUUGUGCUUACCUGUUACACCAUCUCAGCAAAACAUAUUUUUUAGAAACCAAUAAA